GCGGAGCCGUCGGGGCUGGCCCGGGGCUGGGAUCCUCCUCCCGCCUCCCUCCUUGCGCGUGGCUCAGACGUCAGGAGGAGCCCAAGCGGGCAGGAGGCAGCGCCCAUCUCCACAGCUGCCAGAGUGUCGGCGGCUGCCGGACGGGGCAGAGCGGCGAGAGGAGGAGGAGGAGGAGGAGGAAAAGGAGGGAGCCGCUUCCUGGCUUAGGCGAAGUGAAGUGAAGGCGGGCGAGCAGGCAGGAAAGAGCGAGAGGCGGGGGGCGCGCGCGCCAUGGCCGACGUCUUCUCCACCCCCGAGCCCGGCUCGGGUCCCGACGCCGCGCGGCGCUUCGCCCGCAAAGGGGCCCUCCGGCAGAAGAACGUGCACGAGGUGAGGGACCACAAAUUCAUCGCGCGCUUCUUCAAGCAGCCCACCUUCUGCAGCCACUGCACCGACUUCAUCUGGGGGUUUGGGAAACAAGGAUUUCAGUGCCAAGUUUGCUGCUUUGUGGUUCACAAGAGAUGCCAUGAAUUUGUUACCUUUUCUUGUCCUGGGGCAGACAAGGGACCUGACACUGAUGAUCCCAGAAGCAAGCACAAGUUCAAAAUACACACAUAUGGAAGCCCAACAUUUUGUGACCAUUGUGGAUCAUUGCUUUAUGGACUUCUGCACCAGGGGAUGAAAUGUGACACCUGUGAUAUGAAUGUUCACAAGCAAUGUGUAAUAAAUGUCCCAAGUCUUUGUGGAAUGGAUCACACAGAAAAAAGAGGAAGGAUCUAUUUGAAGGCUGAAGUGACUGGUGAGAAGCUGGAUGUGACAGUGCGAGAUGCAAGAAAUCUAAUUCCUAUGGAUCCAAAUGGACUUUCAGAUCCUUAUGUGAAGCUGAAACUUAUUCCAGAUCCUAAGAAUGAGAGUAAACAAAAAACAAAAACUAUCCGUUCCACACUUAAUCCACAUUGGAAUGAGACAUUCAAGUUUAAAUUAAAGCCUACAGACAAAGAUAGAAGGUUAUCCGUGGAAGUCUGGGAUUGGGAUCGAACAACUAGGAAUGAUUUCAUGGGAUCACUUUCUUUUGGGGUGUCAGAACUCAUGAAAUCACCAGCAUGUGGAUGGUACAAGCUACUUAACGAAGAAGAAGGCGAGUACUACAAUGUUCCAAUACCAGAAGCUGAUGAUGAUGGAAAUGCAGAACUGAGACAAAAGUUUGAGGGUAAAAGAAAGAUACAAGAUAAGAAAGCCAGACUUGGACCUUCAGCUAACAAAGUCAUAUCUCCAAUCGAAGACCGGAGCUGUAACUUACCAUCCAAUAACCUUGAUCGGGUUAAGCUAACAGAUUUCAACUUUCUCAUGGUGCUUGGAAAAGGGAGUUUUGGGAAGGUGAUGCUGGCAGAACGGAAGGGAGCAGAAGAACUAUAUGCAGUCAAAAUAUUGAAAAAAGAUGUCGUGAUUCAGGAUGAUGAUGUAGAGUGUACCAUGGUUGAAAAGAGAGUCCUAGCCUUGCAGGACAAGCCCCCUUUCCUAACACAGCUUCAUUCUUGCUUCCAUACUGUGGAUCGCCUGUACUUUGUCAUGGAGUAUGUGAAUGGUGGUGACCUCAUGUAUCAUAUUCAGCAAGUAGGAAAAUUUAAGGAGCCCCAAGCAGUAUUCUAUGCAGCAGAGAUAUCAGUGGGACUUUUCUUUCUCCAUAAAAAAGGAAUAGUUUAUCGGGAUCUGAAAUUAGAUAAUGUAAUGUUGGAUUAUGAAGGACACAUAAAAAUUGCAGAUUUUGGGAUGUGCAAGGAGCAUAUGAAUGAUGGAGUAAUGACGAGGACGUUCUGUGGGACACCAGAUUACAUUGCACCUGAGAUUAUUGCCUAUCAGCCAUAUGGAAAGUCAGUGGACUGGUGGGCCUAUGGUGUGCUGUUAUAUGAGAUGCUAGCUGGUCAGCCUCCAUUUGAUGGCGAAGAUGAAGAUGAACUCUUUCAGUCAAUAAUGGAACAUAAUGUUUCUUACCCCAAAGCAAUGUCCAAAGAAGCUGUGUCCAUUUGCAAGGGGUUAAUGACUAAACACCCUGCAAAACGUCUUGGCUGUGGGCCUGAGGGGGAGAGAGACAUCAGGGAGCAUGCCUUCUUCAGAAGAAUUGACUGGGAGAGACUAGAAAACAGAGAAAUCCAGCCUCCGUUCAAGCCUAAAGUAUGUGGCAAGGGUGCUGAAAACUUUGACAAAUUCUUUACCAGAGGACAGCCAGUGUUAACGCCACCUGAUCAGCUGGUCAUUUCUAACAUAGACCAAACAGAUUUUGAAGGGUUCUCCUAUGUCAACCCACAGUUUGUACAUCCCAUCUUGCAGAGCUCAGUAUGAAAAUGAUAGACACAAAGAAACCACACAGUGAAAAAUUGUCCUUAGCCCUGGAGUUUUUAGACCUUUGCCUUGUUGAUUCCAUUUGGGUCUGAAAAUUGUAGGGAUAAGAAAUAAGAAAAGAUACUGAGGUUUACAACAAAGAAUGUGUGGUCUUAGGAGAUCACCACAUAGUACCCAAUGUAUUCAUCUAGGAAUCACUGCUGCUUUUAGGUUACUCUUAUGAAGCUAGCCUUUGUCGUUUUUAUAACUCCUAUUGUCUCCCUUUGUACCCUGUACAUCUCAGAUCUUCUUCUUCAGGGGUUAAUAGCAAAUGUAAGAGUAUCAUGUAGGCUUGGGAAAAAUAUUUAGUCAUAAAAUCAAAAUUAAGUGGAUAUGAAAAGUUGCAUGCACAGCCAUGUGGGACCAGCUUUCUCAUUGGUCUGCCUGGUGUUACAUGAUAGGAUAAAUGAUUGGAUAACAACAGUCCUGAAAUUUAAAUAAUUGGAAUACAGAGAAGAUAGGGAGAGAGAGAGAGAUUGCUUCAACGUUAAAGUUGAGCAGGUACCUAUUAAAGCAAAUAAAUGAACAAAUUGGGUCCAUAAGAUAUUUUAAAAUCAGUUGAUCAAAGUAGAGGCACAUGUAUAAAGUUUUCAUUAGGAAUGGAAAAACUAGAUAUAUAGGAUUAAUACUAACUAGAACUUGUGUUGAACUAGCUUAAAGGUAAAGCUGCAUAAUACAGAUAUGUGUAUUAAUUUUAAUCUCCAUGAGAUUAUACUGUGAUCCAGGGUGCCAUUUUACUACUUAAUUUAUGCCACUACUCAAGUUUAUCGUUAUGGCAGUUCUAAUACUUUAUUCUAAAAUGUUUCUUACCUUGACUCUGAAACAAAUCUGUAAGUCCCUAACUCCUCAAUCUAUACUUAUUUAUUUAGUAAAUUGCAUGAUGGGUUUAAAGUAUGGAAAGUGUUUGUACAGUAAAUUGAUAGAAGUGUAGAAUUCAAAGUCACUCCCUGCUUUUUCCCAAGAUAAUUAAGGAAUUUUUAAAGUAAGAAUAAUAAUAAUAAUCAGCAUUGAACAUUGGUUUAAGAAACCUGGUACCGCAGAAAACAAAGUGAGAAUUAAACAACAACUUGAAAAUGUUUUGUUCAACUACAGUUGACUUGGUCGAAGUUGAUGAAUAUGCAUCAUGCAAUGAAUUUUGCAUGUUUAUUAAUAAUAAGCAUUAAAUGAAUCUAUAUUAUGGAUAAUUGUAUCAAGUAUGAAGAUAAUGAUAUACAUUUUUAUAAGACACAGCUGUGCUCUAUUUGUGAAGGUUCUUGUUCUGAAUGACCUUUUAUUUAGAUUUAGCUUAAUGUUUUAUUAUUAUUGUUUUUAUUUGGUUGUGGGUUUUUUUAAGUUCUGCUUAACAUUGAUAGUUUAGGGAAACCUAUGCUUUAUUCUUUCGUAGGCCUACUAUUAAAUCAUAAUGGCUACCUGCAGGCUUUCUUCACGGCAUUGAGUGCAAUCUAGCUGCUAAAGAGAAACUCUGCCGGUGAAUGUAGCGUAUUCCCUUUAAAGUGAUUCACUACAUCACGUUUUGAUCUCAAGCAGUUUAAAGAGCAACUUGAGGAUUUUGUGUAAUGGGGAAAGAGUUGGUUUUCUGCUCAGAACAUGUGCAUUCCCUUCUUUGAGAACUGGCUGGAGUUGAGUGGUUGCUACACAUCCAUUAAUUUUUU